AUGGACGCAUCGCGACCCCGCUACCGAGUGCGCUUCGCCACAUCCCAGGCCCCCGCGACCCCGUCCGCGCCAGCCCAGCCGCUCCGCCCCCGCCAGAUCAAGGCCCGCACCGGCUGCGCCGCAUGCAAGCGGCGCCGCGUCAAGUGCGAUGAGACGCAGCCGCAGUGCCGCCGCUGUCUGGCCCGCGGCGAGGCGUGCAGCGGGCCGCGCCGCCUCGACCAGUGGCAGGCGACGCCGCCAGACCCAGAUCUGCACUACUUCUCAUCGCACAUCUGCACCGGCUUCGUCUUCGAGCUGCGCACCGGCACCACGCUGCUGGCCGCCCUGCGCCCGCACAUCACCCGCUCGCCCGCCCUAUACCACGCCAUCCACAGCCUGUGCUCCGCCCACCGCGCCCUCUCGUCGCCGUCCGCCCGCUCUCUCUCGCUCCAAGACCGCACCAACGCCGUCGCCGCCCUAGCCGCCGAGCUCCGCCUUCACCUGGCCGGCCCAUCGACGCCGUCCUCCAUCUUCCGCGUCCACUGCCUCGCCUUCGGCGCCGCCGUCCUCGCCGUAUCAACCCAAUGGCUCGACCCCUCGGGCCGCGACUGCGGCCUGCAGCACCUUCGCGGCGCCAACGCGGCGCUGGACGUCGUGCUGCAGCACUGCCAGCACCACCACCAAGAGCCACCCGCCGACGUCGCCAAAAAGGGCAUCGCCGCGUCGGCCGCCAUGUCCGUAUACCUGAUCGGGCUCUACGUCUACCUCGACAUGACGCACUCUUUCCUGGCGCCCGCCGCCCACGCCCUGCCGCUGAGCCCGGCCCUGAGAAUGGAGAUGGCCCGGGAACGGUGGCGGAGUGCGAAGUGUAUGCAUCCCAUCACCCGGGCAGCCACCUCCCUCUGCUUCGUCGUCGCCCGCGUAGGCCGCUACUACCGUCGCGUUGUCGACCGGAGGGGGAGGGACUUGGAGCUGGAGAGUGAGUUGGAGCGGCAUCUGGUGCGGUGGCAGCCGUUGGAUGUUGGUGACGACGUGGUUGAGGCGGACCUGCGCUUCGUCGACGCUGUGAGGAUUCUGGGGCUCGUGAUGCUGGAGCAGGCGAGGAGGGUAGGGCGAAGGUAUACGGCCGAGGAGAGGGAAAGCACUCUUUUCGACGCCGAGGCCAAGUAUGGUGACUACUGGCGCCGCAUAGACAUCCUAACCGCCUACGCCAGCACCCUCUUACACAACGGCAUCCUACGCCCCUUCCUGCACCCGCAGUUCGAGGGCGUGUUCCUACUAGCCGUUGGACCCGAGCUCGACGCCCCUUCGGCGAGGCAGCUAGUCGAGGAGGGUUGGGCGUCGCUGCGUAAGAGAAGCCGUAUGCCGCACCAUCUACUCGGGCGCGAGCUGGUGCGUGAGUGCUGGCGGCGGAGAGAUAGCGGGAGUAAGGAGACGUGGCUGGAGGUUAUGGUGGAGAAGGGGUUGGCGUUAAUGGUGGGAUAA